GAGCAGCAAGGAAAUCUGGGAAUUCUCCAGGAUGGAGUCCUUGUGGAGGCCAGCGGCUAUCCUCAUCAUUCUCUGGUGCUGCUGCUGUGCUCAGAGGGUCAGGUGGGUCACUCCCCACACAGGAAGCAUUGCAGGAGCAACAAGACUCACCAUCACUGGAGAUGGUUUUGCUCAGGAGCGUCAGUUCCAGUUAAAUCCUCCAGAUGACCAGUUUGGGAACCGGGUGACUCUGGUGUCGGAGACACUGUCGGUCCCCUGCGAUGUGGAGCGAGACUCCACGCACGGGAACCAGAUCAUGUGUUACACCAGAGCAAUGCCAGAAGAUCAGUAUUUGGUCCGUGUCAGUGUGGAUGGCGUUCCCAUUCCUGACAACAAAAUCUGCAACGGCGAUUACAAACCAUACAGCUGCAGCUUCUAUACCCGCUGGUGGCGCACCCCAACCAUCUACUCCCUGAGUCCAGUCACCGGCCUCCCAGGAACUUUGCUCACAAUCCGAGGACGGAUCUACUCCGAUGUGUACGGAAGCAACACAGACCUGAGCUCCAAUGGCCUCAACGUCAGAUUUCUGAGAUCCUACAUGGGAGGAAUGCCCUGUGUGCUGCUGAAGCCUAAUUCAGAUGAACUGUACAACCUGCAGCUGGACUCUGAAACUGCCUCCUGGGGCUACAUGAGCUGUAUGAUGAUGGGGACGUAUGUAGGUCAUCACAACAUGAGCUACAUCCUGGACAGUGAUUAUGGAAGGAGUUCUACAGAAAAGAACCUUUACUGGGUUUCAUCUUUGUCCAAACUCUCCAUGUUCCAAACGUUUGCAGAGGUGACCGGAGUUUCUCCAUCGAAGGGUAGCAUCACGGGAGGAACUCUGCUAACCAUCCACGGCCGCUUCUUCGACCAGACCGAUGAGCCCGCAAGAGUUCUUGUUGGAGGGCUGCCCUGUGAAGUCCAGAGUGUCGCCGAUGACAGAAUCACCUGCAGGACGGCUGAACGACGGGUGAACGAGGACAGGAAGACGUACCCCGGUGAGAACAGAGCGGCAUCUUUCUGUCUGUCUGGUGAAGCAGCCACUCUGCAGCCGACUUGUGUCAUUAUGAGACUGACGUCAGUUAGCAUGACUCCUGGAGGAGCUCCAUCUGUCAUCAAAGCACCAAACUGUUGUCGGAUCAUCAAGCCUCGCUGGGUGGAUGACUCAGGUGGACGAGGCCUGAAGAUGGAAGUGUGGAGUGGCAAACGGCCAAAUUCCUUGGAUGAAAUCUGGAGAUACAAUGAGAACACAACCGGUUAUUGGUCACAGUGGAUCGACUCGCUGCCUUAUAUCUUUCCUAACGAAUACGACCUCUUCACCACUCGAACCAAAGGCUUCUUUGUGCCUACGGUCAGUGGAAACUUCAGCAUAUACCUGCACUGUGAUGACAGGUGUGAUCUGUACCUGAGCAACUCCAGCCGGCCAGAAGACAAGGUGAAAGUGGCUUUUCAGCCAAGAUAUGUCAAAAACUACUUCCAGCUGGAGUCCCAAAAAUCCAGAGCGAUUUUUAUGGAGAAAGGAAAACCGUACUACCUGGAGCUUCUGCAGCAGGAAUAUUACGGCCUCUCUCAUAUCAACAUUGCCUUGUUCCAAGAAGAAAGUUCCUUCACAGCAGACCAGUCAGAUGAUGCUGUCAACGAAAUCCAGAACAUUGUGGCUGCAUAUGAAGUGUUUGAUGAGGAGCAGGUGCUCACCUUUAACAUGUGGCCCUCCAGGGUCCCAGUGGUCAAGGAGGUGCAGAAUAUCAGCAUCAGCAGCCACUGUGCCAGCCAUCUCUGUGGAAGCACCUUCUUCAAGCUGAGCUACGGAAAUGCCCAAACUGGACCAAUCCCUGUGAGUGCAUCAGCCAGUGAGAUGGAGGCAGCCUUGAACAACCUGUGGUCCAUCAAACCCGACACAGUUCAGGUCACCAAGCAGGAGGAUGGUCAGGGGUCUCACUACACAAUCACUUUCAACUCUGACAGAGGUGACUUUGCAGCUCUUCACUUUGAGGUUUUCAGCUCAAACACCAACAUCUCUGUUUUGGAGGUUACCAAAGGUCAAAGUAACAUGGCAACCUUCACUCUGAGUUGGGCGGGAGUUCCUACAGCGCCCAUUGCUUUCAACGCCACUGGGUCAGAGGUGCAGUCAGCUCUGGAGAACAUGAUGAAAGCUGAUUGUCCUGCUGAGGUUCUAACCACUCAGGGCACAAAUGUGAAAUACUUCAAUGACUUUGAAAACUCUGAGGUCAGUCUCUGCUUUGGUUAUAAAGGACUGCUGAGGGAUGAAGUUGGGCUGAAGUUUACCUACAGCGACAGCAGUGGUCAGACCCGGGCUGCGACCACGCGGAUCAGUACUUUGUUCAACAAAGAGGACAAGUGGAGCUAUAAAUGCAUGGACCUUCAGAGUGCCCUGCAGACAGCUUUCAUUGGCAGCAGGUACAGCCUGCAGCAGCUUUAUCUCUACAAAGACAACUCCGGAGCAGAUUACUACGUGGAUGUGGUUUACAUCGGAAAGACACCGACCACAAUGAAUGAAAACGCUGUUCUCCUCAAAAGAAGGCCUCCUCCCUUUGAGAGUUCUGGAAAGUCCAUCAAGGCGUUCUCCGUCACGAAGCAGCGCUCAGCCGCCUCAGAGAUCACAUAUAACAUCGUGGUCACGCCGCUGGAUUGUGCAUUUGAUUUUCCACUGAUGGAGAUCAGCUUCAUGCAGAUGACCAACAGCAGUGAGGACAGAGCUGAGUUUGUUAACAGAGCCGCUGCCGUCACCGUGACCCGCCCCCACAGAGCCACGCCCCCUCUGAGCGGCACAUUUGACGUGGAGAUCUACGGAGGCCGGGCUGAAGGUCUGUCUGUGAACAUCAGUAAGGAGGACCUGAAAUACGCUCUGGAGGGAAUCUCUGGCAUGGGCCAGGUGAAUGUCGACGACUCGUCGGUUGUUGGUAAUAAUGUCAACUUUGUAGUCCAGGAGAAGGUAAAAGGUGGGCUGUUGAUCCGAGGCAUGACUGGAGACUUUUUCCGGGUUUGGGAAGAAAAACCUCAGGUGGAGGUUUACAUCAACGGCAUUCCCUCAAACUGCUCCGGAAACUGCAGCUUCCAGUGGUCAGACGAGAAAACUCCAGUUGUGACUGGAAUCAGCCCGUCACAAGGAUCCAGUGGUUUGGGAACCCUGCUCACCAUCACUGGGACUGGAUUCAGCAUGGAAAAUGCUUCCAUCAUGGUGGGAAACUCCAGGUGUGUGACUGAAGAGGUCACAGGUGGCACUGUGCUGACAGUGAGAGGCUUCGGCCUCAGUCAGAAUGCCACAGUUACUGUCGGCGGUAAAGAAUGUGAAGUGGUCCUUGCAGAUGACACCGAGCUGAAAUGCAGAACUCCAGCAGGAGCUGCAGGAUUGCAGGCCGUCACGGUGACUGUGGGAAACAUGAGUGAGACCGCCAACACCACCUUCACCUACGAUAAUAACCUCACACCUCAGAUCUCAGGCCUGAGUCCUCAGACUGCCACUGUGACGGGAGACCAACUUCUCACCAUCCAGGGUUCCAACCUUGGAGGCCAAGAUAACGACAGCGUCGUGUUUGUUGGAGCCAAGCGGUGCCUCACCGAGCAGUGGACGGAGACACAGAUCAGCUGCCAUCUUCCUGUGAUGCCCCCUGGAGUUUACCAGGUGGACGUGCAUGUCGGGAACAGAGGGUUCCCCCAGACCAGCAAUGGCGUCAACGCGAGCAUCAGAUACAUCCUGGAUGUGUACAGGAUCUCUCCCCUGUCCGGCUCUUUGAUGGGAGGAACCAUGCUGACAGUUUCUGGUUCUGGUUUCAGCAACGACACGUCUGACAUCAAGGUGUCAGUUGGAAGCAGUGAUUGUGAGGUGGUGUCCGCCUCGCAGAACCAGCUGCAGUGCAUCAUUGAGUCAGAGGAGGAGAGACACGUCGUCACCAACCAGGGGUCCCACCUCACUUAUGGGCUGGGAUAUGCAUGGAGUCCGUCUUCACUCCAAGUGUUUGUUGGAGAUACGGUGAUGUGGCGAUGGGAGGCGCCUGCCUUCCAGAGCGUCGGGUACCGAGUCUUCAGUGUUUCUAGUCCCAGUGGCACCGAGUAUGAUGGAGGACCCCUGAACAGUGGAGGGGCCAAAACUGCUCAAGGGUUCUUCAGCUACCGCUUUACCGUCCCCGGCGCAUACUUCUACAGCAGCGGUUACAUCAGCUCCUCCAUACUGAUGCAGGGAGUCAUAAAGGUCAUGAAUCGGGAGGAGAAGAACAGCAAUGUCUCCGUCAUUGUGGGAGGUGUACUUGCCAAACAUGUACCAGGAGGUUCACAGAGAGUCUCCAGAGAAGCAGACUGUGUGGCCUCCACGCCUUGCCAACCAGCCAAUAACACUUCAGAUGGUCUUUCCUUCAGCUUCUCUGCCUGCUCCACUCCCAAAGUCAACUCCAUCUCUCCCAACCAGGGCUCCUACCACCAACUGAUCCACAUCCAGGGACAAGGAUUCAGUGAUGUCAGCUGUGCUCAUGAGGUGACGGUUGGAGGCGAAGCCUGUCAGGUAGUCAACAGCUCCCAGUCUGAGAUCAGCUGCCAGCUCAGCUCCCAAUCCAUGCUUCCCAUCGGCGUCGCUCUCCCUAUAUCGGUCAGAAUCAACAACCUCGGGGGCGUCAUCAUUGCUGUCUCAAACGAGUUUAAGCGUCGCUUUGUGGUCCUGCCAGUGAUCGACUCGGUGUCGCCUCCUAUUGGCAGCAUCACUGGAAGCACGAGGCUGCUGAUCAGCGGGUCUGGGUUCUCUGAGGGGAGAGUGAUGGCAGCAGGCAUGUCCUGCAGCAUCCUGAAGGUGAAUUACACCCACAUCCUCUGUGACACCGCUCCGUCUCAGCAACGCUCCGGUGAUGUCAUCUUUCAGCUUGGCCUGAUCCAAAGCUCCUGUCAUUCAGACUGUUCUUACCAGUUCACCUCCUCCGUCACUCCCAUCAUCAGCAGCAUCUCCCCUGACAGCAUCGGGGGUCAAACAGAGGUCAUCAUCUCUGGCUCUGGGUUUGGCAGCCGUGCGGACGAUGUGUCCAUCUUUGUUGGCUCCACAGAGGUGGAAGUACUGGCUGUGAGUGACGGGAACAUCACAGCAAGGGUCAGCAACCUGCCGGCAGGAGUCCACCAAAUAAGAGUGAUCGUAAGGAGCAGAGGCCUCGCAUCGGGUCAGGUCUCCCUGAACAGCCGUGCGCUGGCCAUCCUGGAUCCCAGCGUGGGCAGCCUGGCUGGAGGAACGCCACUCACCCUCACAGGGAACGGCUUUGCUCCGGGGAACACGAGCGUGACGGUUGGUGGGAAACCCUGCAGGAUCCAGAAGGAAAGUCCUGGUCUGCUCCACUGUCUGAGUCCUCCUCGCAGUGAGGGACAGGUGGCUGUCAGCAUACAGGUGUUCAACGUGUUUUUUCCCCCACUCAGCUUCAACUACUCUGCAGCCUAUACUCCGGUCAUCAGCUCCAUCAGCCCCUCCACCGGUCCAAGCGGCGCUGUCAUCACGCUCACUGGAUCAGGAUUCGGUUCUGACUCUGAGCUCCUCUCCAUCACCAUAAACAACGUUCCCUGCAACGUGUCGGCUGUCUCCCAGACUCAGGUCCGCUGUACAACGGGAAACAACCCGGGCGGCACCUAUCCGGUCAUCCUGCAUCACCAGGUCAAAGGUUACGCCCAGUCGAUGGUCAAGUUCAUGUACGAACUGACGCUCAGCAGCGUGCAACCCAACGAGGGGAGUUUUGGAGGUGGAGCUCUGCUGUCCAUCCUCGGCUCCGGGUUCGAUCCGAACAACUCCACAGUGCUGAUCUGUGACCGGAAGUGUCCUGUUCUCAGACAAAUGUCCACGUCCAGUCGGUUGUACUGCCAGUCUCCACACAACAAUGGUUCUCAGUCGGAGGUCAGCUGCCUCGUUUCUGUCAUCAACCCGCUGGAUGCUGUCAACAUCUCAAAGGGCUUCACCUACAGAUCUGCUCUGACUCCCAUCAUCUCUGGGGUGUCUCCACGACGAGGAGGCACCGCCGGAGGCACGCGGCUCACCAUCACCGGCUUCGGUUUCAGCACCAACAUGGUUGAAGUCAACGUGACGAUCGCCGGCUCAGUGUGUGACCUCCAGUCCUCCAACAGCACACACAUCGUCUGUGUGACAAACGCUCAGAGUCAGUCUCAGGAGACCAAAGUCAGGGUCAACAUCGGAGACCGCGGCAUCGCCAAGAUGGAUAACGCAGACUUUUUCUACAUCGACGUGUGGUCGUCCAGGUUCACCUGGGGAGGCCUGUCCCCUCCGGAGAAGGGCUCAUUCGCUGUCAUCACUAAAGGCCAGACCAUUCUGCUGGACACCAGCACCCCAGUGCUCAAAAUGCUCCUCAUUCAGGGAGGAACUCUGAUGUUUGAUGAAGCGGAUGUGGAGCUGCAGGCGGAAAACAUCCUAAUCACUGAUGGAGGGCGGCUCCAGAUCGGCCAGGAGGGGGCGCCUUUCCAGCACAAAGCCAUCAUCACCCUCCAUGGACACCUGCGCUCACCAGAACUCCCAGUUUAUGGAGCCAAGACACUUGCUGUCAGAGAGGGCAUCUUGGAUCUUCAUGGUAUUCCCAUUCCCGUCCCCUGGACACACUUAGCCGAGACCGCCUCCAGCGGCUCUGUCACACUGACUCUGAUGAAAGUGGUGACGUGGAAACCUGGAGAUGAGAUUGUCGUUGCCUCCACCGGCCACAGGAAUAGUCAGAGUGAAAACGAGGUGAGAACAAUCGCUGCGGUUUCAGCUAACGGAAAAACUCUCACCGUGACCAAGCCGCUGAUGUACACUCACCUGGGGUUGUCCGUCACGUUGCCUGAUGGCACUGUGUUUGAGGGCCGAGCGGAGGUGGGUCUCCUCACCAGGAACAUCGUGGUCCGAGGCUCCCAAAACCUAGAAUGGAGUGACGAGAUAGAAGCGUGUCCUGACGGCUUCAACACAGGCGAAUUUGCAACACAGACGUGUUUCCAAGGUCGGUUUGGAGAAGAAAUUGGCAGCGAUCAGUUUGGUGGUUGCAUCAUGUUCCACGCUCCCAGGCCAGGAGAGAACCUCGCUAUGGGCAGACUGGAAUAUGUUGAGAUCUUCCACGCUGGUCAGGCCUUCAGGCUGGGACGGUAUCCCAUCCACUGGCAUCUGAUGGGAAAUAUCAACUACAAAUCGUACGUCAGAGGCUGCGCCAUCCACCAGACAUUCAACAGGGCCGUAACCAUCCACAACACCCACCAGCUGCUGGUGGAGCACAACGUCAUCUACGACAUCAUGGGCGGAGCCUUCUUCAUCGAGGACGGCAUUGAGACGGAGAACAUCCUGCAGUACAACCUGGCUGUGUUUGUCAAGCAAAGCACCAGCCUCCUGAAUGAUGACGUCACUCCUGCUGCCUACUGGGUCACCAAUCCCAACAACAUCAUCCGACACAAUGCCGCAGCAGGAGGAACGCACUUCGGUUUCUGGUACCGCAUGCACGAUAACCCUGACGGACCGUCGUACAACCCCAACAUCUGCCAGAAGAGGGUUCCCCUCGGUGAGUUCUUCAACAACACAGUGCACUCUCAGGGAUGGUUCGGUCUCUGGAUCUUCCAGGAAUUUUUCCCCAUGAAGGACGGAGGCUGCACUUCCGGAACCCCAAAACCUGCCGUCUUCCAGUCCCUGACCACCUGGAACUGUGAGAAAGGCGCUGAGUGGGUCAACGUGGGCGCUGUGCAGUUCAACAAAUUCAUCAUGGUGAACAAUGAGAAGGCCGGCAUUGAAGCCAAGCGCAUCUUCAGAUGGGCUGUGAGCAGCUUCGGAGAGGACAGAGGGGCCACAGUGUCAAACAGCACCAUCGUGGGCCACAUGGACGAGCUGGGACUUGGGAGCAACUACUGCACGCGCCGUGGCGUCAUCACGCCUUUUGAUGACGGUAUGAGUGUCCUCAACACACAGUUCGUUAACUUUGACCGCAGCAACUGCACAGCCAUUGGAGUCACAUCCAUCGACGGGACGUGUACGGAUCGCUGCGGUGGCUGGGCUGUCAGGUUCAGUGGGAUCCAGUACAGGAACUCCCCCAACAAGGCUGGAUUCAGGUGGGAGCACGAAGUCCAGCUGGUGGACACUGACGGCUCCCUCACAGGAAAUAUUAACCAUAAAGUGGUGCCGAUGAGUAGCUUGCUGGACCCGGCUCACUGUUUCCCCGGUGCAGAGUGGAGUGUCGGUUUCCCAGGAGCAGUGUGCGACCACACCGUCAGCUUUCAUCGCUUGGCUUUCAAUAAUCCCUCUCCGACCUCUCUGAACGCCAAAGAUGUCAUCCUAACCAACUCAUAUGGGAGCAGCGUGGUUCCCUACCUGAAGAAGAGGUUGACCCAUAAGUUUGGUUGGAUGGCCCUGCUGCCGUCUGGACAGACAUACAACUGGUACUUCAACAACGCCGACCAGAUCACCAACAUCACCUACGACGCCAAGUUCUACGGCUUUAAGUCGGAUCAGUACGUCAUCAUCAAACACAACUUCACCCAGAGUCCUGACAGCUUCCACAUCAUCGAUGGCAGGAACGGCUCAUCCACGACGCUGAGCUUCAGCGCCAACAACAACGGAGACUGGUUCUUCAACAAGACCAUCAAAGACCUCUUCUACCUCAUUUCUGGGAAGACGAGCGAGCGCAGGCGCCGUGACAGCGUCGACCGAUCCAUGAAAGACGUCGUGGCGAACUUCGCCGUCUACAGCUGCUUCUUCAACCAGUGCAUCCCUCCAGCUCCAGCCACGCCCCCUCCCAUACCCAGCCGCCGACCCAACGACUUUAUUCUGUGGUCCGACACCUCAUUCUGGAAAGGUUCUGCUGACAACAAGUUCACGGUGCCAGCAGAUGGCGCUGAUGUUGUCAUCCCUUCAGGGAAGUGGAUGGUUCUGGACAGCAACACUCCUUCCCUCAACAAGCUGAUGGUCAACGGGGUCCUCGAGGUUCCCAGCACCUUGAACAGCACCCUGGUGAUAGAUGCCGUUUACAUCUCUAUUCAGGGUGGCAGGCUGAUCGCAGGAUGGGAAAACGAACCAUUCCAAGGAGAGCUGCAGAUCCGACUGAGAGGGAACCACAACACUCCUGACUGGCUACUGCCGAACGGACCCAACCAGGGAUCCAAGGUCCUGGGUGUGUUUGGUACUAUGGAGCUCUACGGACAGCCUCCACACAUUUACCACACCAAGCUCGCCGCUACCGCUGCAGCUGGGUCCAGCACGCUGGUUCUGAAGCGUCCAGUUGACUGGAAGGUUGGAGACCAGGUUGCCAUCUCCACGUCCAGCUACAGCGCCUCAGAGACAGAGAAACAUCGGAUCUCUGCUGUGUCGUCUGACGGCCUCAUCCUGACACUGAACCAGCCUUUGGCCCACACUCACAUCGGUGGAACCCACUCAGUGUCAGGAAUGUCCUUCUCCUACACUCUGGCAGCUGAUGUUGGUCUCCUGAGCAGGAACAUCAAGAUCAUCGGCGAGGAGUAUCCAGCCAUGAUGACAGAGUCUUUCGGGGCCCGGGUGUUGGUCGGAACAUUCUCCAGCGAGGGAGUCAACUAUAAAGGUAGAGCUCAGAUCAGGAACGUGGAGUUCUUCCACUCCGGUCAGGAAGGCUGGACCGACUAUUACGACCCCCGGUACUCUGUGGCUUUCCUCAACCUGGGAGAGGUUUCAGGGAACGACUCGUACAUCCAGGGAUGUGCCUUCCAUGAUGGCUUCUCUCCAGCCAUCGGAGUCUUUGGGACCGCAGGUCUGAACAUCGACGAUAACAUCGUCCAUCACACAGUCGGAGAAGGUAUCCGGAUUUGGGGCGAUAAGAUCACGCUGAGGAGGAACCUGGUGAUGAUGUCACUGUGGCCUGGAUCAUAUCAGGACAGAGAGGAACCCUUCAACUUCGAGUGGAACGCAGCCAUUGAGGUGAACGAGGGGACCAACGUGGUGCUACAGCAUAACAUUGUGGCGGGUUAUGAGAGGGUGGCAUAUCGCAUCGACGGAGAACCAUGCCCAGGUUUGCUGAACUCUAACGAGGCCUGGAUCCAGAACGAGGCUCACGGCGGCCUGUACGGAGUUUACCUCAACAAGGACGGUUUGGCGGGCUGCAGCUUCAUCCGAGGAUUCUUUGUCUGGAAAAGUUUCGACUUUGCCAUCUACCUCCAGGUCAUCAUGAAUGUGGUCAUUUCCAACGUGACGCUGGUGGAUAAUGGGAUGGGCAUCAUGCCUCUCAUUUAUGCCCCGCCUUCUGUGUUACAUGCAUAUGCAGACAAAUCUGUGCAUGUUCAGAAUUCCCUGAUUGUUGGCAGCAGCCCAGACUUUAACUGCUCGGACACUUUGAGCUCAGACGACUUCAACGUUGGCACCACGUCUUCACACCGAGCGCCCAGACCUCCACAAGGAGGUCGAUCUGGAAUCUGCUGGCCCACCUUUCAGUCUGGACACAACAUGGCUCCUGGUAAACCUCAUCACCUGAACAUGAACUACAAUGCCAUCAAAGGCCUGAUGGAGGUCACAGACACAACAUUCGUUGGUUUCCGUGACGUCUGCUCCAAGGAGAAGAACUACAUGUUCAUCACCAACCUUCUGAACGAGGACCUGCAGCACCCCGUGCAUGUUUCAGCCAUCAAGAUGGUGGACAGCACAGAGGACGCCCAAGUUUUCAUUCAUAGGCCUGAUCUGGGCAAGGUGAACCCUGCUGACUGUGUGGACAUGGACUGUGAUGCCAAGAAGAAGACCUUGUUGAAUGACUUGGAUGGAUCGUUCCUGGGAGCUGUGGGGACUGUGGUGCCCCAGUCUGAGUACGAGUGGGGAGGAGAUCCCAGGAGGGGGCUGGGAGACUAUCGUAUUCCCAAAGUCAUGCUGACGUUCCUGAAUGGCAGCCUGAUCCCUGUGGAGCAGGUCGCACCUCGUAAAGGUGUGAUCAGGAAAAACUGCACCUACAUGAGCUCCUGGCAGAGCUACAAGUGCUUCAGCUUGAACUACAGGAUGGUGGUGAUCGAGAGCCUCGACUCGGACACGGAGACCCGUCGUCUGUCUCCUGUGGCUGUACUCGGAGAAGGCUUUGUGGAUCUGAUUAACGGCCCUCAAGAUCACGGCUGGUGUGCAGGAUACACCUGCCAGCAGCGAGUGUCUCUGUUCCACAGCAUCAUGACCACCGGACACGCCUUCGACGUCUACUUCACCAGCGUCAGCCCACAGAAGCUCCGCCUCAUGAUGCUCAACUCCGACCCGUCUGAGAGCGUCCUGGUGUCUGUGUUCUACUCCAACCCUCAGCGGCUGGACGUUUAUGUGGAAAACAAGCUGAUUGCUCCGACUAAUGCUGUGUGGAACGAUGACGGAUCCGACUACAUCCUGAAGGAGCCGGCAUACAGAGAUGAGUUUGUGCCUCUGAUGAACGCCUCGAUGGGAACCAACUACUUCGACCAGGACUACAAGAUGCUCAAGGUUCUGUUGAGAGGCUCCACCCCAGUGGAGAUCAGGACGUCUCCGCUUCUUGUCCUGGCCUUCAAUAUGCCGGCCCUCACUGAGAACGAGUUCUUUGGCGACACCUUGAUACAGAACCUCGCUACGUUCCUCAAAGUUCCCCCCAACAUGAUCCGCAUCACCAAGAUCAUCAGGGAGGACGGUGGCGCACCUCGCAGGAAGAGAUCCACGGGCCUGACAGUGGAGGUGGAGAUCAAGAAGCCUCCGGUUCAGCAGACCACCAACAGCACCACUGCUGAAGAGGACUUUGCGCUGUUAAAGAGCAUUGCUGAUGAUCUGGGUCAGGCAGCGGUUUCUGGGAACCUCAGUAAGUCCAUCGGCUUCAACGUCUCCUCCAUUGGUAUCAUCCCGCCUCCUCCUUCAUCUUCGGACCCGAGCUGGAGCAAGGUGGCAGCAGAGGAAGUGUCGAGAGAAGAACCAAAGAUAAGUUAUGUGUCGAGUGUGUCGCGCCUGCUGCUCAUCGAGGAUCCGAUAGCCGGAAAGUUUGUAGGUUUGCUUCUCCAGCAGCCACGUCUGAUGGCCGUGGACGACCAGGGUAACUGUGUUUCUGUGGGUGUGACCACACUCACCGUGACAGCCAGCCUGAAGAAUGCCAGCGGAGAACCAGUGGGUGGACUGGAAGGUAACACCACCAUCCUGUUCAGCAGCUGCUGGGCCAACUUCAGCGAUCUCUCCAUCCUGAGCAGCGGGGAGAACCUGACCAUGGUCUUCACUCUGAAGGACUGGGGCGCCCAAUCAAGAUCCUUCUCCGUGAUGAACAUCCCCACCACAGACAGGCCGGCCACCACCGACGACGACAGCCUGUUCGGCUCCAGCACAGCGGUGUCUGCAGGCAGCCUGUGUCUGAUCAGUAUCAUCUACGAGGCGGCCUGCUGCUUCACCAGCAUCCCCUUCUGUUAGAGAGCCGUGACGGAUACCUCAGCUCGUCUCCACUGAGACACAUUUACUUUGGGUUCUUCUGGGUUUCAUAUGUUUGUGGUGGUCAUAUAACAGGUGUCAGAUCAACUAAAUAAUAAGGGGUGAAAGUUCUGAUCCAGCCCGUAUUGGUUUAGUUCCAGGGAUCCAGACUUUCCUGUGAUCUCCUGAAGGGGUCUUGAUCAACAGUUUUUCAGGCUUUUUCUAACGUUCUUUCAUGAUUGUUCUGUAGACAGAUCCAGUCCUACCUGAUCAUUACAGAACUCAAUAUUUACCAUUAAAAUGAAGAAAUUGGAUAAAAUACGAAAUAUCAAACUAGUGUAUCUAACUGGUACAAUGCUUCUGAAGGAAGAGAUGAAGUUUUAAACUGUUGCACUUUCUAAUUAUUUCAGAAUAAAUUUACUUAUGAAGAAAA